AUGAGUUUAGAGUCCUUGUUUCAGCACAUCAUCUUCUCGGAGCAUCAGGCCGAGGAGAGUCGCCGCGUGAUCCGAGAAGUAAGGUCGGAGAUAAACAGAUGUCGUGAAGAUAUGAAGAAAGCAACCGAGGAGCUGAACGAAGAGAAAACCAAGUUGGAAUCCAAGGUUCAGCAGUUUUCUGAAAAAGCCUUCCUCUUACAGCUUUGGAAAAUUCAUGAAAAUGCCUUAGAAAGACAGUGUAGUGAAAUUACAAACCAGAGGAAUAUGCUUCUCCAAACCUUUGGGGCUACAAAGAAAAGAGUGAGAGAGGAGGAAGAAAAAUUUAUUAAGGAAAUUACAGACUUCAAUAAUGAGUAUGAAGUAACAAAGAAAAGAAAGCUUUUGAUAAAAGAAAAUGUCAAGAUUGAAGUAUCUGACUUAGAAAACCAGGCGAACAUUUUGAAGAGGGAAAUGAAGUCAAUGGAACAUGAUAGUGGCCAGUUAAGCGAACUUCAAAAACAAAAGAGUGAAUUAGUACAAGAAUUACUUACUGUGCAGAGAAAACUUAAAGUUUUUGAAGAUAAAAAGAAUGAAGCCAUUUGUACUACCAAAUACCUAGAGGCAGAAAAAGUAAAAAUCAAUGAAAAGCCUCAAAAUGAUGCUGAAUGCUUAAGACUUAAAAAAGAAUUAGAACUUUAUAAGGAAGAUGACGUACAAAGUGCUUGUGAAGCUCUCCAAACAGAAAUAGAAGUUUUGGAGUUGACAUUGGCACAGAAAGAUCUUCAGGAAAACAAAUAA